CCAAAUCUUCACUUUGGUUCCUUUUUCUGUCCAUUGGAUUUCACUUUGGUCGAUUCCAUAGAGAAAGGUUCUUCCUAUAUUUUAAUCUUUAGGCGUGCUAGGUUCCAAAGUUAUGAUCUUUGGCAAUGGAUUUUCUCUGGGUCAAUUCCAAUUUUUUGUUUAUAGCUUUCGUUUGUCUGGUACUGUGAAGGGAACAUAACAGUGGGGUUGUUGAAUUGCAUUGCAGGAGAUUGAUUUGAUUGUGGGAAGAUGCAUCCUCCUUUAACAUUGCACAAACAUCCAAUGUGUGCUGAAAUAAUUGAGCAGUUUCAAAAGUGUCAUAUAGAACAUCCUGUAGCAAAAUUCUUUGGUGAAUGUACUGAUUUGAAAAUAAAAUUGGAUCGCUGUUUUAGACAAGAGAAAGCUUUGAAGCGAAAGGCUAACUUUGAAGAGAGUAAAAAGUUUAAGGAACAGUUGCGAGCUUUCAGGAAAGAAAAUGCUGCAAGCAGCUGUCAAUAAUAGUAGGAUUUUUUGCAGUGUUGAAAAAGCCAAACUAUUCUGCAAAGUACAAUCCAUAAUUUUGUACAAGGGGCUCAACAUGAUAUGAUUUU